CUUCUUGUAUCUGAUGUCUCAUCUCUGAGCGGACCUCAGGUCUCAAUCCUUUGCCUUGAUGGAGCUUCAGAAGCGCCAAGAUCAGGGCCAGCCCGAGAGGAAGGGGCAAAAACGGAAACUGGAGGAAGAAUUCGAAGAGGAGCGGGAGAUCUCCGUGGCGCCGUCCGGCGAGGCGCACCAGGCGUUAUCCUGCGAGGUCAGUGCGCAGGUUAAUAUCCUCAACACCACCUUUUCGUGGAAAGAAGCCGAUCGAGCCGCCGCUAAGAGAGCCACUCACGUACUCGCCGAGCUUGCUAAGAACGAGGAAGUUGUGAAUGUAAUCGUCGACGGUGGUGCUGUUCCGGCACUGGUGAAGCAUCUGCAGGCACCGCCUUCCAGCGAUGGCGACCAUGACCAGAGGCCGUUCGAGCACGAGGUUGAGAAAGGGAGUGCUUUUGCUCUGGGUCUCCUUGCUGUAAAGCCAGAGCAUCAGCAACUCAUAGUUGAUAAUGGUGCUUUGUCUCAUCUAGUGGAUCUUUUAAAGAGGCACAGAGAUGGUUCUAACUCUCGAGCUGUCAAUAGUGUCAUUCGAAGAGCAGCCGAUGCUGUCACUAACCUUGCUCAUGAGAAUAGCAGUAUUAAAACCAGAGUCAGGAUGGAAGGCGGGAUACCACCCCUUGUUCAGUUACUUGAAUUUGCUGAUACAAAGGUGCAACGGGCAGCUGCUGGGGCACUGAGAACCCUGGCAUUUAAAAAUGAUGAAAAUAAAAAUCAGAUUGUAGAAUGUAAUGCUCUUCCUACCCUGAUUCUAAUGCUUCGAUCUGAGGAUGCUGCUAUACAUUAUGAAGCAGUUGGUGUAAUUGGAAAUUUGGUACACUCUUCGCCAAACAUAAAGAAAGAAGUGCUUUUGGCUGGAGCUUUACAGCCUGUUAUAGGAUUACUUAGUUCGUGCUGCUCUGAGAGCCAAAGGGAGGCAGCUUUGUUACUUGGACAAUUUGCUGCAACUGAUUCAGAUUGCAAGGUGCAUAUUGCACAGAGAGGUGCUGUGCGACCUUUGAUUGAGAUGCUUCAAUCUGCAGAUGUACAGCUGAGGGAAAUGUCAGCCUUUGCAUUGGGGAGAUUGGCACAGGACACACACAAUCAAGCCGGUAUUGCUCAUAAUGGCGGUCUAGUCCCAUUAUUGAAGCUUCUUGAUUCAAAAAAUGGAUCACUGCAACAUAAUGCUGCAUUUGCACUUUAUGGCCUUGCAGAUAAUGAGGACAAUGUAUCUGAUUUUAUCAAGGUGGGAGGGGUUCAGAAGCUGCAGGAUGGAGAAUUUAUUGUUCAAGCAACAAAAGAUUGUGUAGCCAAGACAUUGAAAAGAUUAGAGGAAAAGAUUCAUGGAAGAGUUUUGAACCAUUUGUUAUAUCUGAUGCGUGUAUCUGAGAAGGCUGUUCAAAGACGAGUUGCUUUAGCUCUUGCUCAUCUUUGUUCUGCAGAUGAUCAGAGGACAAUCUUCAUUGAUAACAAUGGAUUGGAGUUGCUUCUUGGGCUUCUUGGUUCUUCAAGCCCAAAGCAGCAACUUGAUGGUUCUGUGGCUCUCUACAAAUUGGCCAACAAAGCCAUGACUCUCUCUCCUGUGGAUGCAGCUCCUCCUUCUCCCACACCCCAGGUCUAUUUGGGAGAGCAAUAUGUAAACAGUGCUACAUUGUCCGAUGUUACCUUUCUAGUUGGAGGUAAAAGGUUCUAUGCUCACCGAAUUUGCCUUUUGGCAUCUUCAGAUGCAUUCCGUGCAAUGUUUGAUGGUGGUUAUCGGGAGAAGGAUGCAAGAGAUAUAGAGAUCCCGAAUAUCAGAUGGGAGGUUUUUGAGUUGAUGAUGAGAUUUAUAUACACUGGAUCUGUAGAAAUUACAUUGGAUAUUGCACAAGAUCUCCUCAGAGCUGCUGAUCAGUAUCUCUUGGAGGGACUAAAGCGUCUCUGUGAGUAUACCAUUGCCCAGGAUAUAUCACUGGAAAAUGUUUCAAGUAUGUAUGAACUUUCAGAAGCCUUCCAUGCUAUUUCAUUAAGACACACAUGCAUCCUGUUUAUCUUGGAGCAGUUCAGUAAACUGAGUUCUAGGCCUGGGCAUUCUCAUCUGAUCCAACGAAUAAUUCCAGAGAUCCGCACCUACUUUGCUAAAGCACUUACCAAGCCUAACCCACAUAAUUCGAGGCUAUAAUACGGCUGUCAUUUGAUUCUUGAUCUCUAACUAAAUACAUUGUACAGAAAGUGGUAGAUCUUCGUGGCGGUGGUGAGCAGGUGGAAGGAUCUAACUGGUUGAUUGUAGUGUGGCCCAAAUGUUUUGCUGAUUCAAGAGUUCUGUUGCUUGUAAGUUGUAAACAAUUACUGUAAGUUACGUCUAUAAUGCUAUUGUCUUUUAGCUAUUGCUGGGAAGUAUGACCUCUUUUAUUCAUUCUGAAGGUUAUAAUGGCUAUAUGAUGUACUCUACUCAGGCCUGACUCACAAGUGUAUUAUCACUCAGUGGGAGGUGGCAUCUUUCACCGAGCAUUAGGUAUAUUUUGAUUUUGGUUCUUUGUUAGGUUCUCUCUCUAUGGUGAUGAACCAAAUGUAAUAGACUUUCUAGUAAUGUAAAACAGAGAGGUAAGGGAAAAAAAAAAAAAAAACUGCUGAAUUGGUGUGACAUCCGUGAACAUCCCAAGUUUUUGAUAUCGAAUACUAGAAUGGUCGGUCAACGAUUUCUUGUCGGUGGACUCAGCUUUUUAGUGAAGACACUCGACGAUUUCUCAAAUUU